AUGCGAAAUGUCACAGUCCUGUGUUUACUCUGUGGAACCUUGACACUUGGGAUCUUGUCAGCUCUGUUAUAUGUACAUCUUCACCGUGAUCAUGUGAGCAACUGGCAGAAGAAAACGCAGGCGCCUGCAUCAAUUUGGAAACUUGAUAAAAAGUUGCAACAGCAAGCUAUCCACAGCGCAGGGCAAAUACCACGCUCAAGGCAAAUACCAGGACAACAUGUAAGAACUGAAAGACCUAACAAAGAUCAAACUAAAGAAUGGCGUCCAUUUUUUAAAUUAGAUGAGAAUUUUAACUAUUCGGACCCAGAAUUACUUCAUGGGAUUUUACUAUAUGGACUUAAUACCAUUAUCAGUAAAAGCUUGGGCAAUCAGAGAGAUGUGCCAGAUACCAGAGAUAAAAUGUGUCUUAAAAAACGUUACCCAACCAGGCUACCUACUGCCAGCAUUGUCAUUUGUUUCCACAAUGAAGAAUUCAAUACCUUGUUUCGGACAGUGUCCAGUGUCAUGAACCUCACUCCACACCAGAUCCUUGAAGAAAUUAUUUUGGUAGAUGACAUGAGCGAAUUUGAUGAUUUGAAAGAAAAACUAGACUAUCACCUGGAAAUGUUUCGGGGAAAAAUUAAAGUCAUAAGAACCACAAAGAGAGAGGGGCUGAUUCGCGCCAGGUUGAUUGGAGCGGCUCGCGCUUCAGGGGACGUGCUGGUGUUCCUGGACAGCCACUGUGAAGUGAACAGAGUCUGGCUGGAGCCCUUGCUGUCCGCCAUCGCCAAGGACCGCAAAAUGGUGGUGUGUCCCAUGGUGGAUUCCAUUGACCACCUGACACUGAACUACUAUCCCGCUCCUAUUGUAAGAGGAGCUUUCAACUGGCAUCUGCAAUUUGUAUGGGACACUGUUUUCUCUUAUGAGAUGGAUGGACCAGAAGGACCCACCACACCCAUCCGGUCCCCCGCAAUGUCUGGAGGAAUUUUUGCUAUAAGUCGGCAUUAUUUUAAUGAGAUUGGACAGUACGACAAGGAUAUGAACCUCUGGGGAGCAGAAAAUUUGGAACUUUCACUAAGGAUCUGGAUGUGUGGAGGCCAGCUCUUUAUACUGCCCUGUUCUCGAGUAGGACAUGUUGAUAGACAUAUUUUCAAAAAUGUAACCCAAGUUCUCAAAGCCCUGAGAUAUAACAACCUCAGACUGGUACACGUCUGGCUGGAUGAAUACAAGGAGCAGUUUUUCUUACGAAGACCUGAUCUGAAAUCCAUCCGCUAUGGAAACAUUAGUGAGCGUGUUGAAUUAAGGAGACGAUUGGGCUGCAAGUCAUUUCAGUGGUAUCUGGAUACUGUCUUCCCAGAACUGGAGACAUCUCUUGAAAUGAAAGCAAAUAAUUUUCAUUAAUGAAGGUUAAAAAGUCCCCUCGGCCUUCAACAUAGAGAAGAGCACGAGUUUGGAACAUCGUGACAUUAUAUGAAAUACAGCCAGAGUGGCCUACAACAGAACUGUCCUUGCUCCUUUCGUGAUAGUCCUUAAGACCUUGUAACUCAUUUGCCACUAAAUUUCUGGGGUGGCAAGACCUUGAACAUUGGAAGUGCACGCUGUCAAUUAGCUGAGACUCUAUCACAUAAUUCUCUCCAAUUGUUUGCUAAACUCACUUGGUCCUGGUCGCCUUUGGAGCCUUUGCUAACUCUAUUCCUACUCCAGAAAGAUGGGCUGACCCAGUGGUCUUCUCAGAGAGAUACUCACAGAGACCCUUGGUUGGUAAUACCCACUUUGGUUCAACUCCUUUCUUGCUGCCAACAUCGAUAAUGGCAUUGGCACCUUGCUUAGUUGGAUUCCUGAGCUUCUGAUGUCCAGUCCAUUUGCCUGGGUGUCCUGGUCCAGCUCCCAUUUGUUCCCAUCCGUCCUGUCACUUGGAGACACCCCUACUUGCCCCACUUCUGAUUUUGCCUUUUUCAUGUCUCUUCUCCUAUAACUCUGGCCUAUAGCUCUCCUAACAUUUCUUCAAUUACGGGCCCUGUUGAUAAUCUCUGUUCUGACUUGAGAACUGUUUAGGUGAGAUCGGGGAAGAGGCAGCUAGGUUCCAAGUCUGUCCUGUGUGAACACACUCCCAGAUGCCUAAAGUACUUUUCUCCGAUGGAGGGGAUGUUUGUUGCAUUCACCCUGGUGCAGGUGGCUGGGAAAGUGAAGUAUAUUUAAUUCACAAA